CGACGCAGAGCGCCGUUAUUUCAUGAAAGGAGUCCAUGCCGUCUCUUAACGGGCCGAACAGCAGACCAAGAAUCGACAUCGACCGAGAGACUCCCGCUGGCCGUAUAGGACAAUGGCGGCUUUCCGUGCAAGGAACAACUUGAGCAUCGCCAUCACGACGAUUCUCUUCGACUUGGACAACACUCUCAUCGAGACCAGGAAGGGAGACAAUCUGACAUGUCGAAAGCUUGCCGACGAGUUGACCCAGCAGUAUGGGAUACCGCAGGAGGCCUCCUGUAAGAUUACAGCGAGUUACUUGAAGUACUUCCGGAAGUGUCCAGACAAUUCAGCCUUUCCCCUCGACGCGUGGAGGACUUCGCUGUGGAGCAAGGCUCUCGGGGAGAAGUACGGGUACCUGGCCAAAAAAGUUUACGAGAGAUGGCUUUAUUUAAGAUACUAUUACCUGGCACCAGCGCCAGAGACGAUCUCCAUGAUCCGCCAGUUGAGGAAGACGUACCUGCUAGGAUUAAUCACCAAUGGCCCGUCCAACGCCCAGUGGGAAAAGAUCCACAAGCUCUCGUUGCAGCAAUACUUCGAUGUCAUUCUCGUGUCCAGCGAUCUACCCUGGGAGAAACCUGAUCCAAGAAUCUUCGAGGAAGCUUGUCGAUGCCUCGGAGUUAGACCGGAGAGUUGCAUCAUGAUCGGAGACAAGUUGGAGACCGAUAUUUUAGGAGGAAUCGAAGUUGGACUCGCAGGUACUGUUUGGAUCCCAACGUCGGACAAGACCAGGCUAUCCAGCGAUGAUCCGAAACCAGAUUUCACCGUAAAGCACGUAACAGAACUUCUAACAAUCUUAAAUCGUAGCCCAGGGGCACCGGAACUUGAGGAUUCCUCGUCGAAUGCAUCCGAUGGCAGCUGAUGGGAUUAAAGUAUAUCGUAAAGUAGGAGAUGCCGGUCUCUGUGCCGAUCGUCGCGAGGUUAUGAUAGCCGGCGUCGAUCCGGGAUUUCUGGGGUGAUAGUAAAUUAACAAAAUCUCUCAGAUCUCAAUCCGGAGUGAAGAUACUGUCAACUAUUCACGACCUUCUGGGUCGUACCUUGUAAUUUUGCGAUUGUUCGUGCAAAACCGACGAGAUAUCUUCCUUUUGUAAGGCUGAUUCGAUUGAAUUUCGACGAUGGGACCGAGAUAUGGUGCUGAGUUGCGUUCUUAAGAAAUGACGGAGACGUCGGAUUCUUUUUUUAAAUUCUUGGGCGUUUCCCUCGGAGGAGGUUCGCCAAGAGUCUUAAUGUUAACGGUUGCACCCAUAAUUAUAGCGUCUCGAUUAUAUAUAGGUUUAAUGUUAUAAAAUCGCUGGAUAUGCGGUUGCAUGUGAUUACGAUUAAUUCGAAAGUUGAAGAGUAGAUUUAGAUAGGUGUACUUUGCGCGACAGUAUUCUUGUCGAGCUUGCCUAGGAAAUAUUUGUGAUCUAGUACUGUCGAAGGAAUUUUCAGCUAGUGGCCAUUUCUUUUCUUUUUUCGUUCAUCUUUAAAUAGAUGAUUACAGAGUUAUUGGCCAGGAAUCUGUUACGGGAUUGUUUUUGCUACUUCAAUUGCCCAAAGCAUUGGCUAAUUGGGGUAGGUCGGUGACAGGUCUACGGUCAGUAAUUCGAACACUUACCUCACCCUUUCUGUCGAGAGCUCCUAUUUUUAUGCCUACGAUGACAAAAUCAAAAUCCGGUUACGUUGAUGUAACCCGAUUUAGAGAGAAUAUCGAGCGCAUCAUUAUUUUUACACGCAUGUGGCUCGUACGAUACCUAGAUUGACAAGAAAAGGAAACUGUGAGUUUCAUACGGAUGUAUAUUUUUUUAUUAAAUUCGGAUCAUAACGAAUUCGUGUACUCAAAGCUUGCAAAUAUUCUCGGGCAGCCUUGGCAAGAAUAUCAUCGCCUUGUCUGCAUCUCGAAAGUCUGAGAAUAUGUGCCCUGACUCACCUUUACCGAUUAUUAAAUACCAAACCUCUCAGCGAGAGUAAACCAAUAAUCAAAGGAAUUAGCUGUUUGUUAGGGAAGUAUGUAGAUACAAAGAUCAUAUUUUUUUUAUCUUCCCCCCAACUACCGACCCGGCUUUCUUGGGGGUCGUGUAAUUAUCUUAGCAUAAGAUACGUAAAGGGAAACGACUGUACGCAGCUAUGACGACAGCUAUCUGAAUAUUCUACGUCUGGCGAACGGAAAAACGUGCGCGUUAGGCGAAUCAGCUGUUCCAAGGAAAACUUCCUUUACGAGGAAUGUUUCUUUCCCUUUGAGGAAACGCGUGGUCGGAUUUGUCGCAGGAAUAAUCCUCCUGACCUCACUUUUUAAAGAGACGUAACGUAUGUACAAAGCAAAGUGCACAAAGGAAGCAACGUCAAAUUAUAUAUAUAUAUACAUAUACAUAUAUCGCUAAUGAAAAGGAAAUUCAAGUUACUGAACGGGGAAAUGUAAAGGUAUAAUGCAUUUUAUUUUUCCUCUCCUCUGAGUAGUCUAAAUAUAUCCAUAGGGUCACGUAUAAUUAUUCCAAGCGAUGUAUUUUCUCUGUAUAGAGCAAAGAGACACCGCUAAUGACUGUACUAUACGGAUAUAUAUAGGUAUAUAUGUAUAUAUACAUUCAUAUAUAUAUUUGGAUAAUGUACAGUUCCGUAUGUGUACUGGCUAUACAUAUAUAAAUGUGUUGACAUAUUUUUUCACUAUAUAUUUUAUCGUUGUUGAGAUAGUUCGCUCUAUGCGACAAACACUCUUCACGAGCCUAUCCUCGGAAACGAUACAUAUACCUACCUGUAAACUUUUGAUCCUAUCAAUAAAAAGAAUAUCGAUAUUAUAAGAA